AUUUUGACGUAUUUUAUUUUGGCACUUAACCCAGUUGGCUUCACGUUCGCGCAGAUAAAGUUAUUUGAUAUCACAUAUAAAGCACAAUAGUCUCUUCAUUUAUCAAAUUUAAAAUGUCUAUCCCACCUGGAUCCAUAAUCGUGUCGGACUGGCACCGCUGUGCAGACAGCAGAGAGUUUUUCAGCAAAAUACUGCACAAGAAGAGACGGCGAAAGUUUGGUCUCUUGGAGGCGCCGAUGAUGCCUCCUCAUAUGAAUGUGGACAUCGUUCGCUACAAGGUUCUUAUUUCGGGUAAAACUGGAGUCGGGAAGAGCGCUCUUGCUGCCCGUCUCGUUGGCCUGGAUCUCCCCAAAAUGCAUUAUGAGACCACAGGAAUAGAGACAACAGUGGUCUUCUGGCCUGUAAGACUAAAGGACACUGGGCGUGUGCUGUUUUUCCGCUUUGAGCUUUGGGAAUGUGGGGAAAGUGCCAUGCGAAGAUUUGACCACAUGUUACCGUCAUGUAAGGAACAGGUGGAUGCCAUUCUCUUCCUGUUCUCCUUCACUGAUCGCGGCUCCUUUGAUGAUCUUUCAAACCAGAUAUCACGGAUCACAGAAUCUUUAGAUCGAGUGGUUAAAUUGGUGGUUGGCACCAAAUUUGACUUAUUUAUGCACACAGACGUGACAGAGAGCGACGUAACACAUUUUCAAGAGGUGUGGGGUCUUCCGGUCUUCCGAGUGGGAGGUGAUGUGAGCGCGGGGCUUGGUGAAGUAGCGCCCCUCCUAAAUUCCCUUGCAGAAAACCUGUGGCACCAGGACUGUAUGGCUGCUUCAUCAGUCUCCAUCUCCCCACAGGCUGCUCUCAGAGAAACAGGCUCAGAGAUCAUUGUAUAGCUUGUAUGUGUGUUGUAGAUCAGUUUCAAAUGUAUUGGUCAGUAUUUAUGAAUGGACUAUGCUGCUAUGGAAAUGCACUGAAUACCCAAUAAGUUUAUUAGCCAUUUCAGUCCAAUGACAAGUACAAAUAUCUGUGAGUCAAGAAAUAGUCUUUUAAAUGGUGAAUAAAAAUAAUAAUAAAAAAGUC